AUGAAAGAUAUAAAAUUACUAAUAGAAAAAUUAAGAAUAACUAGAGAAAAAGAGUUUGAAAAAGAUGUGAAAAUACUGUUGGAUAUGAAGAAACAUAUUGAUCUUUUACAUAGUGGUAAUAAUGAUAUUGAGAAUUCUUUGAAAAAUUUUAAUAAUUCUAUAAGAUAUGUAGAAAAGAUUUAUUCUGAGCUUAAAAAGAAAACGAUUUUUCAGCACAGUUAUUAUAACAAUGUAAUAAAUAAUUACAAAAAAAGCAGUUAUUAUAAUACUGUUAUGAAUUAUAAUACAAUAAAUGAUAGAAAUGAGAACUUAGUUAACUUUUUUCAUAUGUAUUUGAUAAGAAAAUAUUGUGAGAAAAGCUUUUAUGCUUGUUUGCAUAAUAAAUUUACUCGUUCAAUAACUUAUAAUUACUUAGAAAAAAAAGAUUUCCAUAAAUAUAUAGAUUCAGAUUUAUACUUCUUAUAUAGUUAUAUACAAACUUUUUCAUAUGUUUUACUAAAAAAUGAAAAUUUAAAUAUGCAUUUAAUGAAGUUAUGUAGUGAAAUGAUAUCUAGAAUUUAUGAAGAAUUAAUUCUUUUAAGAAAAAAAGCAAAAUAUAGAAAUGUACAGUUGUAUAAUGAGGAAAAUUAUAUUCCACAUAAUAGCUUAAUUAAAUAUGUUUAUUUCAUAGUUGAAUUUUUAAGUAAAAACAAAAACUACAAUUAUUUAAAUAUACUAUAUGGUGUUUAUUCAUGUAUAUAUGUAUUUUCAAAUGUUUAUUAUACAUGCUCAUUGUCUUUUAAUAAUUUGAAAGUAGAAAAUUAUAUAGACAAAAAAAAAAAUGAUAAUAAGAAUGAUGAUGAAGAUAAUUUUAUUUUAUAUUAUAAAUACAUUAAUGAAUAUUCUGGUUGUGAUUUCAUGAAAUUAAAUGAAAUGUUGUUAUAUUUUAUAUCAAAAGAGAAAUUAAAAAGUAAUUUUGGCUUUAAUGAUAUUUUAAAAGAUUUCAAUAUAGUGAAAUAUACUACUAUUUUAGAAAGAUUGUUUUUCACUGAAAUAUUUGUAAAAAACAAUAAUGAUUUAAUAGAUAAUGAAAAAUUUAAAUUUAUAAAAAUUAAUAUUUUUAAAAAAAUCUGUAGUAUUUUUGAUAGUUCUCCUUUAUAUUUUGAGUUUCCUUUAGCAAAUGAAAAUUUUUGUUAUAAUUAUAUUGAUGAAAAAGAAAGAAAUAUAUCUGGAAGUAGUAAUUUAAAAAAAAUCUCAAAAAAUGAAAAUAAAGAAAAAUGUUUGAGUAAUAAUGAGUUACAUCAUUAUUUUUUUGAGAAAGCUAAAUUUAAUAUAGACAAUGUGUUUUUUGAAAAAUAUCUCAAUAAUACUAUUAAAGGAAAUGUACAUAACAUUGAAAAUAAAGGAUCUACUUGUGAUACAGUUACAAAUAAUAAUAUAAAUGAUAAUACUAUUAAUAAUAAUAGGGUAAAUGAUUGGAAGGCAGAAAAGGAAUAUUUUUUAAAAUUAUUUAAUGAUAAUUAUUUAGACAAAAAACAUUAUUUAGAAUGUAUAAAUGAAUUUUACUAUAUAGGCAUUGAUUUUGAUAAAACUAUUGUCAAAAAAGAUUCUUACUCCUUUUUUUUUAAACUUUUAAAAAAGUAUUAUAAUUACAACAAAAAAGAAGAAAUUAAUUUAACACAAGAUGAUAUAUAUUUUUUUGACAAUAUUACAAUUGAACAACUAAAAAAUAAAAAAGAAUUUCCUCCUGAAGAAAGAAUUUAUCAUUUACAUAAGAUUUCUCAAUGGUUUACACUUAAAGAAGAAAUGUUUUUAAGUAAAUUAAAAGAGAAGAAUGAUAUAUCGGAAGUAUAUUCUGAUUCCUAUUAUUAUUUUCUUAAAUUAAUUGAUGAUUAUAAUAUGAAAUAUUCUAUUUUGUUAUCAUAUUAUGAUAUUUUUAAUGGUGUAAAUGUAGAUAUUAUUAACAAAGCAAUUAAUGAAGCAUAUGAAGAGUUAGAAUUAAAUGAUUAUUUCUUAGAAGUUUUUUUAAAUCUAAUUCGUUUUAAGCAAAAAAACGCCGAAAACUUUUAUUUUGAUAUAAUCACAUUAAAUUUAAAAAAAGAACUAUGUUUGAUUCCUCUUAAUAAUAUUUUGACUAAACUAGAUAAUUUAAGUUAUGAAAAAAAAUUAGAUAAUAUAAAUAAUGCAAAUAAUGCAUAUGAAGAACAUUACAAUAGCAAAAAUUAUGAAAAAUCAUGUAAUCAACUUAAUAAUAAUAAUAAAGUAAGCAAUUAUUAUAAUUCUUUCAAAAAAUAUUUUAAUAUAUAUUAUUCUAAAUCGCAAAUGUAUGAUAAAGAAAAAAGAAAAUAUACUGGAGAAUUUAAGCAUAAUCAACUUAAAAUAAAAUAUAAUAAGUACACACAAAUGAAUAAAGUCGAAAACGUAAGUUUAAUUUCUGUUUUUGACAAAACACUAAUAAAAAAUAAAGUAUGCUCAUUACUUACAAAGGUAAAUCAUAAGUUAUCAUGCUUCAUCGGAGAUAGUUUACUUGAUAUUGAUGCUAUGCUAAGUGCUGAUAUACCAAUUUUAAUAGGUAAUAGUAAAAUUGUUACUAUGUUUUGUGAAAAACACAAUAUUUUAAUCAAACCAUUAGUAUUAGCUGGAGCAAAAAUUGAACUUCUUAAAUUAAAAAAUAAGCACAAUAGUUGUAUAAGUAUGAAAGAGAAGUUUAUGUCGAUAACAAAAGAAAGAGAGAAACAAAUUAAUGAGAUGUAUGAUGAAAAUCAUAAAAUUAUUUAUUCUACUGAAAGUUGGUUGGAGAUUGGCAUAUUUUUAUUUGGUAAUAUUUAA